GAUGAUUCAUGGACUGUAUUUUAAUUUAUGAAAUUCACUAAUUCAGUAUUCUGGAAUAUUUUAAUGUGUAAUUUCGGUGUUUGGUGCGUUUUUCUGAGUGAUAAUCGCGUUUGUGAAAAAAAUCAUCAAGAAUGACUGCUAUGCUGAAAGUUUGCAAUAGUUAUCUACACGUACCUCUUCCUACACCUAUUUCGUUAGAUGGUAACGUAUACGAAAACUUUCGAUAUUUCAAAGAGCAAUGGAAAUACUAUUGUAUCGCUACUGGUCUCGAUAAGAUGCCCGAAGACGUCAAAGUUUCCAUUUUAUUCUUAACUCUAGGCCGAGAAACGUUCACUUUACUUCACGACAAUUUGAAUUUGAGCGACGAGGAUAAAAAUUCUUCAGACAGAAUAUUCAGCAUCUUAGAUACCUAUUUCCAACCAAAAGUCAACGUCGUCUGGGAAAGAUACACGUUCAAUCAGGCUAUUCAAGAGAUCCACGAAACACCCGAACUGUACCUAGAUAGGUUGAAGAAACUGGCUACGAGUUGUGAUUUCACCGAGAAUAUUCAGACUGUAAUACGCGAUCGUUUCAUUUGCGGACUUCGGGAUGAUAUUUUAAGAAAAGAAUUAGCCGGUGAUCCGAAUAUAACGCUGGAAAAAGCGUUAAAGAAGUCAUCCGUCGCUUCUAGUAAAACAAUAAUUCGAAAAAAAUCCGACGAAGUUGAAAAUAAGAAAAAUAUUAAGAAAAUUUGCCAAGAUCCUGUAACCGUAUUAGAGGAAGACGAUGACGUCGCUAUAGUUUCCAAGAAACCGGAAACAAUCGAGAUCGAUGACGAUAUUUCUGAGGAGUUUAGUAUAGGAUCGUUCGUCGUGUUGAAGAGUGAUUUCGGCAAGGAUAGUGAACCACCGAUUUGGAAAAUUGAUGGGAGCGCGUUGCUGCAAAAAUAUGUGCCUUUUCAGCAAGAAGGUCAAACGUUAUAUAAGAAUACAGCUGUUUACAAUGGUUGGAAUAUUGAUAAUAAAUCGGCUUAUUAUCCGGCUCAAGUUGUGUUUAAACAAAUGUCGAGAAAGCAGCAUAUAGUUCGAUUUAAAAAGGAGUUGAUUAAGAAAAAGUUAGCUAAUUUGUGAAUAUGCGUCGUUCUCGAUAGCUAUACUACCUGCUUACUUACAUAGGUACUUGUGCCUAGGUGUAUAUGAUCUGCAUGUCAUUGUGCUAGUAAUUUAUUCGAAUUAAAAUUCGAUGUAAUUUUUUUUUACUCAUUUCAAAUACAUGU